UUAAAAUGAAGUACGGAUUGAUUCUGCUUACUGUUUUGGCUUUCGAGCAGCUGACAUCAGGGCUUGAGAACGGACUGGCUCGGAAGCCUCCGAUGGGCUGGAUGAGCUGGGAGCGUUAUAGGUGCAUCACGGACUGCAGAAAGUAUCCAGAUGAGUGCAUAAGCGAGCGGUUGUUCAAGCGCAUGGCGGAUUUACUGGUGUCCGAGGGAUACCUUGCUGCUGGAUAUAACUAUGUGAACAUAGACGACUGUUGGUCAACGAUGGAACGAGAUUCCGAGGGUAGACUAGUCGCCGAUCCGGAACGGUUUCCCAAUGGGAUGAAGCAUUUAGCUGAUUAUAUACAUUCCAAAGGGUUACAGUUUGGACUGUAUCAGGACAUCGGUACUAAGACAUGCGCCGGAUAUCCGGGCAUGAAGGAUUACUUUGAAAUAGAUGCACAAACUUUAGCGGAUUGGGACGUUGACUUCAUCAAGAUUGAUGGAUGCUAUGCGGAUGAAACGAAAAUGGUAGAGGAUUAUGUACUAUUCGGAGAGUUGAUGAACCGAACUGGACGACCGAUGUUGUAUUCCUGUAGUUGGCCAGUCUAUCAAGAGUACAAGGGAAUCAUUCCGGAUUAUGAAAUCCUGAAGCAAACAUGCAAUAUGUGGCGCAAUUGGGGCGACAUUGAGGAUUCGCACAGUUCGGUGGAGUCCAUCACCAAAUACUUCUCGGAUAAUCAGAAAAGAAUACAACCUCACUCGGGACCUGGCCAUUGGAACGAUCCCGAUACGCUAAUCCUAGGCAAUUAUGGUCUGAGUUACGAUCAAAGUAAAUCACAGCUGGCAGUGUGGACAGUUUUGGCCGCCCCACUGCUGCUGUCCAACGAUUUGGCCUCGGUGAAACCCGAGAUCAGAGAGCUACUUCUGAAUAGAGAAAUCAUUGCCGUCAAUCAGGAUCCGCUUGGAAUCCAAGGUCAGCUGUUGAAGACAGUCAACAGAAUUGAGAUCUGGAAGCGGCCUAUACUGCCUAAGGUGAAGCAUGAAAUGACGCACGCCAUCGCUUUCGUCAGUCGCCGAGCAGAUGGUGCUCCGUAUGCCAUCCGAGUGAAGCUUUUUGAGGAUCUUGAGCUAAGCAAUGCCAGUGACGUGAAAGGAUACCUGGUUUAUGACCUAUUUAAUACAGCCCUCAAGCCGAUCUUCUUGCGAGCGGAUGCUUCCUUCGAAACUCGCAUCAAUCCAACAGGAGCGAACUUCUACCGGUUUGUACCGCAGUUUGACAAUAUCAUACGUGGAUUCAAUGAUUUACGUUCGUAAUGAUUCGUCACAAUGAUUCUUAUUAUGAUAAUUAUAACAUGA